GGCUUGUUAUUUCCUGGUCGGGAGCGGCCGCCAUUUUGGGCAGUGAGUGAGGACCGAUUCGGAGGGAAGACGAGGGCCGCUCCCCUCCGUGACCACAGCAAAGAGAGCGAGAGAGAUAUAUAGGCCGACGCCGACUGAGUGCCGGGGCAAGGAGGGAGGCAGGGAAGGGGGAACCGUACUUGGAGCCGACAGAAAGAAAAUCAGAGACGGAGAAAGAGAAAUAAAACAAUUACAGCCGAGCGGGUUGCAACAGUGAGAUGUCAACCAUGAAUCCCGAGUAUGACUAUUUAUUCAAACUGCUGCUGAUUGGAGACUCUGGUGUUGGAAAAUCUUGUCUCCUCCUUAGAUUUGCAGAUGAUACGUACACAGAGAGUUAUAUCAGUACAAUUGGUGUGGACUUCAAAAUCAGAACUAUAGAGUUAGACGGCAAGACUAUCAAACUUCAAAUUUGGGACACGGCUGGUCAGGAAAGGUUUCGAACAAUCACGUCCAGUUAUUAUAGAGGAGCACAUGGCAUCAUAGUCGUAUAUGAUGUUACAGACCAGGAGUCAUUCAACAAUGUAAAGCAGUGGCUCCAGGAGAUAGAUCGUUAUGCCAGCGAAAAUGUUAACAAGUUAUUGGUAGGGAACAAAUGUGACCUGACAACAAAGAAAGUAGUGGACUAUACAACAGCAAAGGAAUUUGCAGACUCCCUUGGGAUUCCAUUUUUGGAAACCAGCGCAAAGAAUGCAACAAAUGUAGAACAAGCCUUCAUGACAAUGGCUGCUGAGAUUAAAAAGCGAAUGGGUCCUGGAGCUACAUCUGGUGGCUCUGAAAAGUCCAAUGUAAACAUCCAGAGCACACCAGUGAAGCCGUCCAGUGGGGGUUGCUGCUAAGCGUUUUCACAUUCUCCUAAUAAAUUUGAUUUAAUAGGCCCAAAAGUAAGAAACGUUGCCUGAAUUGUACUGUAUGUAGCUACACUACUGCAGACUUGCCCCUUCCCUUCCAGACACAAUCGGGGACUGAAAAGCCACUAUUGGCUGAGAUUUCCAACUUGAGACUAACUUCAUUUUCAGAAUGGUUUUAAACUUCAAAAGUGUUGCCAGUCAUUAAUAAUGUGCAUAAAUCUCAUAACCUGUUAUCAGAUUUUCCUGCGGUCGGUUUAUUAUAGAAAUUGAUUUUGUUUAUAAUGGCAUGUUUUAAAUGUCAACAUUGGAUCUGCUCUGAAGAUGAAGUUUAGCCAUUUCACAUCACGCAGCAUAAGUGUUUGUCAUGUUCAUUGACAUAAAUAAAGUUUAGUGAAAUGUUA